AUGUUAAAACCAAAAAUGAAAGAAAAUCAAAAAGAUUUUCGAUGUUCAAAAGGACAUAAUCUACCAGUAACUAAUAUUGCACUAGAUCCAAAAUUAUCAAGGAAAUAGAAACUCUUAUGUACAGAAUGUUUAAUUGAUGCAGACUUAGAUACCAAGGUGGUUGGAUUAAAAAAAAUUAUUUCAUUAACUGAAGAAAAUUAGGUAAAAAAGAUGGAAACAGUAGAAAAUAUAAUAAUGAAUUAAAUAGAAUUAAUUGAAUCAUUACAUGGUAUUGUAGAUCAAAUGAAAUCAUUUGUAAUCCAAUAAUUAAACUAAUUGAUUACUAUUCUGAUGGACUGA